ACGAAUGCUAUCUUCAGUAAAUAGAUUCAGCAGUCACGUGUUCAUGAAGUAAUUCAGCUAUCAGCUGAUUUCAGUCGGUUGCUGGACAGGACGUGAUUCCCAUAAAAGCUCCAAAAAACAAGGUUAAGUAGAAUCUAAUGCGGGGCCCCGGCCUUUGGCUGGCCGUGUGGCUGACCGCCGCAGUCCUUUCCUCGGCCAUUGGGCAGAUAUGUAACAGGUUCAUGAUUCCAUGGCGCACCGCACUUGGAACUGACCCUGUAAAAAUGGCACGAGGAAAUGUGACAGUGGUGGCGCUGUUACUGGCCAGUUGACCUAUGUGUCAACAACAGGCGGAAGGCCUGGAAACAUUGAGGAAUGCAUUUCAUAAUGGAGGAACAGAAGACAUCACAUUUUUCAUUGUCAAUUCUGUCAGGGCAAAAUCUUCCAUCCAGGAGUUGACUAGACGAGUAUCCUUCCCGGUGUAUCAAGACGAAUCCGACUUAAUGAUACAACAAAAAUUAAACGGUGCCAUUGAUGAUCUAUUCAUAUACGACAGGUGUGGUAUCCUUGCAUAUCAUCUAACAAAGCCGGACAGUCUCGUGUCACAAGGGACCAUGCAGAGGAAGAUUGUAUCAACUUAUCUCGAUAAUCAUUGCAACUGUAGCGACGGACCUCAGGCCACUGCUGCUGAGACACAAGCACCUGAACAAAGGCCCAGAGAACAGAGCAAUACACCGACUUCUCCCAUUCGCCGACGCAGGCACGCUGAAAGAAACAGCGGUUCAUCUUUCAUUUCAAUGAACAGCGCUGCUUCCCACCCCAAUCGUAUUCCCAAGUGAACUACACAUAGGUGAAUAGCGAUGCGGCGUAAUCGAGCACUGCGAAAUCUAUUGGUGCGAAGGUUAUGAAAAUUCAUCAAGAAGUAUCGGUCAAAUUAUGAGCCCCAACACUCGUGCAUCUGUCCCCAUCCAUCGUCUGCUUUGAAAGAAGAGUGUGCUUGAUACAGUUACGGUAGUUCUGGUGCAAUCAGUUUCUGAUCUUGUCAAGAGCGCAGUCCCACUGUCUACAGUGAAUGUCUCUGUCACAAUUGUCCUGCAUUUCGGAGACGUCACCGUCAGCAGUUCUUAGAGGACAAUACCAGCUGAGAACUGCUGUCGACCUGACGUUGUAACCAAGACAAAGGACUUUCGUCGACAGACUGCUCUUGACAACAUCAGCUCACCGCAUCAGAAAGAUCGCCAAGCUGACACUGUCACUUAGAAGCAGACGAUUCUUUACAAGAUUGUCAAUGACAGGGAUCGAGAGGAUCAUGAUCAUGACAGGAAAAGGGUCCCACCGUUCAGUGACAGUGACCGUCCGAGAGCGCUUCCUGUCUCUGACAGAGUGGAUCACCCACGUGACAAUGAAGUCAAAUACCAUCAAAUGACAUCUCCUGACAGUGACAAUAUAAUCCUGGGGAAAUGAACUCUCAGACCUGACAGUGACAUCAUGGUGAGGGUGACUGUCUCUGACAAUGACAACAGUCCUCCAUUGACGCUGUCACAUGACAGUGACCCAUGGGGAAUAUUAAUGAUGCAUAUGUCAGUUGCUCCAAUCCCAAUGCGUUGACUGGACGGUGACAUUGAUCGGCGCAGGGCAGUGUUACACGGAACUGACAAUGACAAAACGGACAUUCGAAUGAAAAUUCUUGAUCGUGACAAAACAGUGCAGGCUCUUGACAAUGACAACAGCUAGACACCCUUAACUAUUCAUGACAGUGUCAAGACCAACAAGAUAUAAUUGAAGCCUGAUCUUGUCAAUCAUCUGCCUAUGAUUCUGCCUGACAAUGUCGAUCGAUUAGCGGGGCUUGACAGUGACAAACUCGGACAAGUAGUGGUAUUGUGUGACAAGAGAGAGAUGGUCGACCCUGACACUGACAUCCUGUAUGACAAUGACGUAGCAGUUCCUGACACUGUCGUGUGGGGACAUCUGACGACAAGGCCUCCUGCCUUUGACAGCCCCAAACGUGACAGUGACAAUAUUAAAUGUCUAUAGACUCUAUGUAAUUUCAGGUUUGAUGAAAACUAUUGCCUGGUUUUGGCAUUACAGUCUCGAAAGAGAUGAUGACGUGUAAACUACUUCCGUGUUGUGUCACACAAGAAUGUUGAGCAACGAACCACGGUUGUCUUCUAAUAAUGACGAAAUCCAGAUAAAACCCAACAGGUCUCUGGAAAUCUGAACCAACUAGAAAACGUCGUGAUUCGGGGCUGCAUUCUGUUGACACUGAAUAAAUGUCUGUAUUGUACAUCUCACCAGAAUGGGUACCCCAAUCCUCUUUCUUUAGACUUAACAACCGUAACUUCUCCAACGUAUUCUGUACUUAACUUGUUUACAUUAGAUACAAUGCCGGGUAAAACAAAUGCAAGAAAACUUAUACUGUCAGAUUUUUUAUCACAUUGUUUAUGGCUUGUUUCAUAAAAUUUGAAGACUAAAUUAAGGACGACAACCUUAUUUCGUACUUCUAGUCCUGUGCAGCAUAGAAUUGGCCAUGUACCAAACUUGUGGUGGUUGUGGCAAUUCAUCGACAUAUUAACUUGUAUAUAAUCUGUUUGGGGUAAUGAUAUUUUUUAAUCAUUACAUCAUAUAAAACAUAUAGAUAAUAUGUAAUUCAAAGUCAAAUCAUCUCCUGUAUAUUUCAUUGCAUUCUAAAGUAAACUGAAAUAUUUUUCAUUAAAUUUUAACAUCGCCUCUGAAAUUUUUUUUAAAAUCUCUGCAACUUUUUAUUUUUCCCAUUGAUUUAAUCCAUCAAAGGUUGCAUUAUAAUAUAGCUUUUUGAAUCUAUUUACUGAAGGAAGGAAUUCGGUUCGUCGUCCUUAAAUCUCUGGUGACUUAUGAUGUCUUUGUUAAUGCAAUUUAUGAUCUCUAGUGAGAAAAGAAGUUGUCCAUAGUAACGCUAAUGUGAUUGUAAGGAGAUCAAAAACACAUUUUAGUCGUGAUGAGAAUUUUUUUUGGUGAAUAGAGUAAUAUCUUUCAAAGUAAUAUUAUUGCAAAACCCAUCGGAAUUGAUGGGAGAUCUUAACUUUCAAAGUGCUGAUAUUUUUAUUGCUCAAACAAGUAUUUCAAAUACCUAACAUGCUGAUGUGAGAAAAUGUUGAUUCGAGAGUGGUGGAUGAAAGAGAGAAAAUUUUCUCUGUGUGGAAUAGUCAAUUGUCCGUUUAUGAAGGGUCACGCUAAAACUUUAAAAAGAGGGAUGGUCUGGAAUCCAAAGGAUGAAAUAGUAUAUUCCACACCGAGAACUUUUUUUCCCUGAGAGAUGAUAAUAUUUUGUCAUAAUGCAACAAAAUUACAAAAAUAAAACAGGUUACAUACCCGU